AUGCCCCGUUCCAACGACGCGCGUGAGCCUGAGUCGGAGUCGGCCGAUUUGUUUGCCGAUCCACCAUCGCAAGCGUCAUCCACACGUUCACAGGGUCGUGCGGCUGCUGGAAACAUUUCCCCGCGAUCGAGUAAGCACGAAUUCAUGAAUAAUGUGUGACAGUUAACUUUUUUCAGCUUCAUCGGCUUCUGCUCUUCACUAUGGCUCUGAAAUGGGAUCUGUCUCGCAGAUGUCGUCCGCCUCGACGAUGCGCCGUGGAGGACCCCGUGGAGACCUCGGAAUUGCAGCCGCCGACCAUCGGACCGUUCAGAUUCAAGGAAUGGAGGACGAGUUGGCUGCUGACGACGGACAGCCGCGUCUCUACGUCUGGGGCACACGCAUUUGUGUCGCCGAUGUGCAAAGGUGGAGAAAUCUAGUUUUCAAAUUACAGAAGCCUAUUUUCAUGCUUUCAGAUCGUUCCGCAACUUCUUCACGACGUUCAAAAUCAGUCAUUUGGACGAGGACGAGAAUAUGAUGGCUGGUGGAGACGAGGCACUCCAUCCGGUCGACAUGAAUCACCCGUACUACAUGGAACGUCUUCUCGAGUGCAAUGAUGCAGAAGUCACGCACAUCAACCUGAAUUUGGCGCAUUUGCAAGCUUUCUCUGAUCCUCUCUACCGCAAAGUUAUUGCCUAUCCGGCGGUUAGAACGAUCCUUGCACACCUCCCGAUUACUUAUCAUUUUCCUUUCAGGACGUCAUCCCAUACCUGGAUAUCGUUGUGAACGAGGUGUUCGUCGAACGCUUCAACCGAACUCUUGCAAACUCCAUCGAACUGCGUCCGUUCAACGCGGAGAAAACGCGAAACAUGCGUGGGCUGAAUCCGAACGACGUCGACCAACUAAUCACCAUUUCGGGAAUGGUCACCCGUACUUCAGCCCUCAUUCCGGAGAUGCGCAGCGGAUUCUUCCAGUGCUCCGUGUGCGCAUUUGGAAUCGAAAGCGAAGUGGACCAAGGACGAAUCGAGGAGCCGGUGGUGUGCACGAACUGCUCCAACUCGCACUGCUUCCAGCUGGUGCACAAUCGGUCCGUGUUCCUCGACAAGCAGGUCAUCAAGCUGCAGGAGUCUCCAGAUGACAUGCCGUCCGGAGAGACGCCGCACACCGUCUCCGUCUACGCGCACGGCUCUCUUGUCGAGUCGGUGCAGCCGGGAGAUCGUAUCUCGGUGACCGGAAUCUUCAGAGCGCAGGGAAUGAAAGUGAAUCCGAAGCAACGCGCUCUAGCUUCUGUCUACCGCACUUCGAUCGACGCUCUUCACUUCCGCAAAAUGGACACGUCGCGUCUGCAUCAGGACAACGGAGAGACGCUCACAGAGGAGCGCAUUCAGCAGAUCGUCGAGCUUUCGAAGCGUCCCGACAUCAUGGACGCGCUCGCACAAGCCAUCGCUCCGUCGAUUUACGAGCACGAGGAUGUGAAGCGCGGACUCCUGUGCCUUCUGUUCGGAGGAACCCGCAAGGACGACGAGGAGACGCACAAGACGAAGCUGCGUUCGGAAAUCAACAUCCUUCUGUGCGGAGAUCCGGGAACGUCCAAAUCGCAAAUGCUUCAGUACGUGUACCGCCUGUUGCCACGCAGUCAGUACACUUCCGGAAAGGGAUCUUCAGCAGUCGGACUCACCGCCUCUGUCAGUCGUGACGCGGACACGAAGCAGCUGGUUCUGCAGACUGGAGCACUUGUGCUCGCCGACAAUGGAGUGUGCUGCAUCGACGAAUUCGACAAGAUGAACGACAGCGCGCGAAGUGUUCUGCACGAGGUGAUGGAGCAGCAGACCCUGUCCAUCGCCAAGGCGGGCAUCAUCUGUCAGCUGAACGCACGCGCGUCGGUCCUCGCCGCCGCGAACCCGGUCGACUCAAAGUGGAAUCGCAACAAGACGAUCGUGGAGAACAUCCAACUGCCGCACACGCUCCUCUCUCGUUUCGAUCUCAUCUUCCUGAUUGUGGAUCCGCAGGACGAGAUGCACGAUCGCCGACUCGGAAACCAUCUCGUCUCGCUGUACUUUGAGAACGACGGCAGUCAGAAGGAGGCCGAGCAACUCGACAUGCAGCUGCUCAGAGAUUACAUUGGUGAGUUUCGGUCGAAGUAUUCCGAAUUAGCACAUUUCCUUCCAGCCUACGCGAAAGCGAACAUCCAUCCGAAACUAGGCGAAGACGCCACACAAUUCAUCAUUGAAAAGUACUUGUUCAUGCGGAAGGCGGGCGCCCAACACGGGCAAAUCACCGCCUAUCCGAGACAACUUGAGUCGCUCAUUCGUCUUUCCGAGGCUCACGCCAAGAUCCGUCUCUCGCAGGAGGUGUCGGUCGAUGACGUCGAGAAGGCAUUCACGUGAGUCGCCCCUUCUCACGUCCUGCUCGAUGAUUCUAUUCUUUCAGGCUUUGGCGCGAGGCUCUCCGUCAAUCGGCAGUCGACCCUACCACUGGACGUGUCGACGUGGCCAUUCUGGCAUCGGGAAUGAGCUCGUCCGGAAGGAAAGCCGUCGAAGCGAUGUGCGAGACGAUUCUGAAACAGCUGCAGACAUCCAAAGGAUUCGUGUCGUCGAAGGCGUUGUACCAGACCAUGCGGACAACCGAUAAGGUAUAAAAAGUGCCUUUUCCUCGCCAAUUUCGUAACCUUCAUUUCAGACGUGCUCCAGAGAAAUGUUCGAUGAGGCGCUCAACGAGUUGACCAAAAAGGAGUCGAUUGCUCGUUCAGGAGAGCGUGUCCGUUUCCAAGCCGUCGAUGCCUAG